GCGGUCUUUGUUCAAAACACACAACCGACCGCCGAAUAGCACCAAUCUGCUGCAGCAAGGCCACGACGUUUACGCUGUUAUAACCUAAAAACGGGAGAAAGGAGCCGUGUGAGCGGUAUGAAAAGCUACGUUUUCUUAAAUACUGGAUGCAUUAAUUCAAAGGGCUGUGAUAUUAUAAAACAAAACUGAGCAACAGCGAAAACUGCCACAUCAAUGCUAACAUAAGCUAGCUAGCCUGUUUGACCCUCCACGCCAGUCCCUUAUAAAAAGUAUAAUGAUGUAGUUUCCGAGGGUGGGAACUUACUUACUGCAUUUACGCAGGUUACUGUAGUUGAGGGGCUUCUUUCUGUACUCGGACAUUUAAGUAUCUUUUAAAAUACUGUAUUUUACUUGUACUUUUGUGUUUUCGGGUAAAACGCUGUAUUUCUCUUCAUUUUACAUAACAUCAGCUGCUAGGUAAAACUAAAAACCCAACAUCUGCCUGACAGCUGGCUGACUGGAGAGUGUCAACUCAGUAUUGCUUAAUACUCAAAUCCUACCUUUUAAAUUAAUCUGAUUUCUUAUCCGAAUAUUAUAUUAAGAAGCUUGUCCCCAAUACUGUCAACCCUGCUACCCCUAGCAAAAUGAUAGUACCACAAAGUAAUGAAUAAGUUGACAAAGUAUAAGAUCUGCACUGAUCCAAAACUCUUUUACCGGUUUAGCUCAUACAUGAGGCUCUAGGUCUACAGACUGAACAGCAUCUAAUCGAUACAUUGAAAAAGUGAUUCUUUAAUAAAAUUGAGGAGAGCUGUAGUCCAUGUAGGGCUGGACAAUAAGAGAACAGUUUAUCACAAUAUAUAUUUUCAUAUCAGUCGAUAUAUAUCACAAUAUUAAAAAAAAAUCACUUGUUAAUCUUAAAUGUUCCCUGUCACUCUUAAGGUCCUUUCACUCCGAGAGCGUUUUUUUUUUUGUGCAAUUAUUUCGGACGUCAAUAUUUUUUUCCAACCCGUAUCCUGUCAAUACAAGCGUUCACAUCAGCGACGUUUUCCCGUCCUGCAAUAUUGCGGCAUUUAUUUUUUCGUAUGAUGCUAGAUUUUUAUAAAGCUUUGCAUACUGUGUGUCCACUUCUGACCAGUCAGAUUGCGUGCUUUCGCGACGUCUGAUUCACCGGUAUAUCCAACAUGGCCGACCAGCUGAUUGUUUAUGUGUUGGAGAACAGAGUGCUUUUUGAUUAAAAGACACAAAUAUGAUAACUGCCUGAAGGACAACUUGUGGAAAAUCAUAGCAUCUUUAACAGUUUGCUAAACGUCUUUGUUUUAACUUUCAUCUGUGCGAAGUAACUUUAGCUCAUACGCUAACCUAUACAACAUACCAUAUGUAUUUUCACUGUCUCAAACUCAAUCGCGUUGCUGUCACAGCACCAUUAGGUCCCGGUUGUUACCUUACGUUUAUGGAUCAUAGUUUAAUGUGCUUAUCUGGUACUGGCCCCGAUUCAGUAAAUGCUAUCAUGACAGACAGCCAUUUCAACACUAGUGUCUAAUCAGAACUGAAAACAGUGAGUCUGCUGUUGUGUCAGUCUUCUCGCUUCCGACCGUGAUGCAUCUUUUCCCCUCCGGAAAGUCGCAAAAUCGCAUCAUGCUUGUUGCUUGAUAUGUAUAGUCAGGCGCGUCAAAAUACCUCCGCACCACCGACGUUUUAGUGCCAGUUUUGUCGACAAUGUCAUCCACUGUUGAGCUUUCAUCUGCAACUUUGCUGGGGGUAGCACUCAUUUUCUUUUUUCUCACCGACAGUGCUGUCAGCUUCACGUGUUAAGAUGCUAUGGUUGUGUGUAGCUGCAUCCUGCUUCUAUGUAGUUGUUUGCUACUUGGUUCUUAUUCAGUACAUGAUUGGUUCAGCGCAACCCGGAGCAACUCCCCUUUUUAUUGGCUGUUCGCAUAAUCUACCAAAACAUGGCAGAAUAUCAGCUAUUGAAAAGCAUAUUGAACAUGUUUCAUAUUGAUAUCGAGGGAAAUUAAUUUUUGAUAUAUAUCAUUAUAUGGUUUUAUUGCCCAGCCCUAAGUCCACGGUGAAGCUUUGUCUACUGUCAAUGAUUUUUCAAUCUUAGACCAACAAAAUACAACCCAGUUAAAGUCGAUCAAUAUAUAAAAAGCCACAAAUGCAUGACACAAUACAUUAAAAAUUUUUAAAGGUGCUUUGGUUAUUUGUUUUUUUUUGUGUGUGUGUGACUGGCAGUUAUAGGACAAAACCCCUUGAAAUGAACCUUUAUGGAAAAAAAAUGAUCAAUCUUGAGGAAAAGAAGAAAAUUAAAGUGUUUUAUUGAUAAACGUUAAAAAAUGUCUGUGUUUUCUGUGUUUUCCUAGUUUCUAUGCUCUAAUUUCCACGAUGGCAGAAGGAGGAGACGUGGAUUGGGAGCUUUGCAAAGAAAACAUCCAGCCACUUAGGCGGGGUAGAGCCAUAUCAGCCUUACAUCAGGCACUCAGUCAACAACAGGAUGGACCCAGCUCUGCCGUCAACCAGCAGAGACAGUAUGCAUGCUCUUUACAACAUGCUCUUUGCUUUAUUUUAGACAUCAUAGUUUCAGAUGUUGAUGGAGUUUUUUAACUUUUUUUCCCCUAGAGCCUUUGAGUCUGAGCUGCGAAUGUAUGAAGGAGAGGAUCCGCUUGAUGUAUGGGAUCGGUGAGUCACACAUGUAGACAAACAUAAUUGCAUGUGCUCUUUCCGAUUUUAAGAAAAGAUUCAUUUAAAAUCUUGUCCUGGCAUUAACUUUGACAGGUACAUUAAGUGGACUGAGCAGACUUUCCCUCAGGGAGGAAAGGAGAGCAAUCUCGCCACAUUACUGGAACGAGCUGUGACCAAAUUCACUGAGGAAGAGAAAUAUCACAAUGACCCCCGCUAUGUUGAUCUCUGGAUAAAAUUUGUAUGUGUAAUCCUUUGACUACAUUUUUUUCUUUUUUUGACAAAAUGCAAUAAUAAUGACAGAAGCAAUAACCUUUCCCAUCUGGUGUCUGGUGGGUCAUUAGGCGGAGAACUGCUCCGAGCCCUUGGAUAUUUACAGGUACAUGCAAGCACAAGGGAUAGGAGUCACACAAGCAUCACUCUACAUUGCAUGGUCUGAGGAAUACGAGAACCAAGGAAACUCCCGCAAAGCAGACUUGGUCUUCCAGGAGGGAUUCAAGAAGUCUGCUGAGCCGCAUGAGAAGCUCAUGCAGUUUCACAAGUAAAAAUAAUACUCUUGAAUUUUUGAUUUUGUUCUACAUGCAAAAAAAACCUGCAUAUUAAAACAUUUCUGUGUUUUCAUCCUCAGGGCUUUGCAGGCACGUGUGUCCCGACAGGUAUUGAUGAAUGUGGAAGAUGACAGCGACGAUGAGCCUAAACAACCAGAGCGAGUUUCUCUUGCUGAUCUGAAACAUAGGGGGAAGAAGAAAGCCAUUGCUCCUGUCAAUAGAACUGGUUCUGCAGUCAGAAGUGAGCAUGCAAAUCAAUAUUAUAUAAUAUGUUAUAUGAUUUUAACUUGGAACAAUAACUGCUCCAAACUUAAUGAAUUUGAUGAUGUUAUCAAAAAUGUGUCUGAAUCUUAACAUUUAAGAACUUUGUGAACAGGUGUCUCUAGAGGCCUGCAGUCACUCGGCGCUCCCAUCCUCGGCAAUGCAUCAAACAGUCAGUUAGUGAUCUUUGAUGAGAAUAAGACUUCAAGCGCUGGCCCUUCAGAACCUAAGUUGGAGUCGUGGGUGGCUCCUCCCACUGCCGCGGCAAAGGAGAAUGAACAGAGGCCAGAAAGAUGGUGUGAUGUCAAGGUAUGAGACGUGCAUCUGUUGUGGUCAUUGAUUCCAGUGUCUUGGUUAUUAAAAAGUGAUAUUAAUCUAAUGAUCAUGUAACAUAGAUGCCCCAGAAGUCAAAAUUUGGACGCACUGUUAUGGCUCCACCACCUCCAAAACCCACAUUUCAACCAUUUGUUGAAGAGUCAGACCAGCCGCCAACCAUGUGAGUGACUUCAGAAAUAUAACAUGUAACUUUGAUUCGUCUCUUUAACUGAUAAACACUUACAUAACACACUCAAGUUGUACUUAUUAUAAAAGAGAACAUAUUCUUAAUAAAAGUGACUAUUAAUGAUCGUUAGAUCGAGCAGUUAUUCAACCAGGAAGAUAUGUAUCAACUUAUGCAUUUGAAUAUUGGAUAUCUACAUUUCUAAUACUCUGGGAAGAAUUUCAACUGACUAAGAAACAGAAUUAGUUUAAUAUUGAUGCCUCUACAGAAGGUAGUAAAGGACUACAAAAAACCUUACCUUUGCACACCAUGAAAGCAAUGUUUUUAUAAAGUAUAUAAAGAAAAACAACAAGAAACUGAGAAGCAGUAAUAGUUUGGAAAAACUUACUUUCAAGACAGGAAAAGAAAAGUUAUGACAUUACAACAGAAUAAUGACAGAAGCCUCAAGAAUAUACAUGGACAUCUACAAAGAGUAUCUUAAAAUAGUUUGUUUCAUAUUAAAGAUGAAACCAUAAUCCUGCUUGUGUGCUUCAGUUUUAUUUACAUGACUAGUUCUUGUGUUUCUUUUUUCUUUAUAGUUGAUAUAUAGUAAAGAAUUGGGAUUAAAUGGUCUCGUAGGUUGUCUUUCUUGAGCCAAAGCCUCAUGAUUUAUUUGACUUUCUUUGGCAUCAUCUCUCUCAUCCUCUCAGGACUCCAUGUAAGAUCAACCCGGCGGUGAACACAGUUUUAUCGUCCCGUAAGCCCUGCAGAGAGGAAACUCCCCUUAAGAGACUACAGGAGCACCAUCAGCACCAGAAGGAAGCCGAAUCAGGAAAACUGCAGGAGCAGAGCAUGUACUGUAAAGAGCUGCUGCUCAGUGGCGCCACUGAGUUCUGCUUUGAGGAGCUGCGUGCAGAACGCUACUUCAAAAAGACUCACCAGGACUCACAAAAGGAGGUCAAAAGUGAACAGGAUCAAGCCUGUGCCAGUGAGUCCAGUGUAUGCUAAGAAGACAACUCGACAGCUCUUUGUCAUGGAUUUGUCUUUUAGACAUGAGGCUUCUAGUAAGUAUCAUGUGACUACUGCUGUGUUGUUUGAUGUAAAUAUUUGGUCGAUUGGCAUCUAGGUUUCAGAAAGGUCAAAAGACAAAUGGGUAAGGCUUGUUUUGAAACUGUCAGAAGAGGUUACAGUGUUUUAGUGUGGUGAAUUCACUGAAUAACAGAAAAACUUUAACAUCCACAAUGUUUUAACAGAGUCUAGAACUUGUAGUACUUUAUCUACUUUAUUAAAUGCAUGUUUUACGGUAACUUAGACUAAAUACGAAACACAUUUUUCCACAACAGUUCAAUUCUCAGCUGCAGAAAUAUUGCUCUUUUUUUAAUACAGAAUUUAAAUUGAUUUCUUUUCACCCAAUUUUCUUGACCGGAUCCUUUAGAGCUGUUUUUAGGUUCUAAUUCCUCAAAUCUGUUUCAUCUGAAAGAGGGCUACAGUUAGCGGAUUGGAUUGGUUUUUAUCAUAUCCCAUCAAGGCCAUUUUUCACUGAUGUUCAAUAAACUUGCUUCACUGUCUUGUUGAUGAGUAUUAAAA